CGUGGCAUGCCGGGAGUCGUGGUUGAGGAAGGAAGCCGGACCGGGCCAACUCAUCGCCUGGCGCUGUCGGCAUGGCGGGCGCCGAGGAUGGCUUGGACGGCGGGUGCGAGCUGUGCCUCUUCGACGUGGACGGCACCCUCACCGCGCCCCGCCAGAAAAUCACUCCGGAAAUGGCCGAUUUUCUUCAGGCUUUGCGGAAGAAAGUGAAAGUGGGUGUCGUUGGUGGCUCCGACUUUGAAAAAAUCCAGGAGCAGCUGGGCGAAGACGUGCUGGAAAAAUUUGACUAUGUCUUCCCUGAAAACGGUUUGGUGGCCUACAAAGAUGGAAAACUGCUGAAGAAACAGAGCAUCCAAAGACACUUGGGGGAAGAGCUACUGCAGCAACUAAUUAAUUACUGCCUGAGCUACAUAGCGAAGAUCAAGCUGCCCAGGAAACGGGGCACUUUCAUCGAAUUCCGCAACGGGAUGUUGAACGUGUCUCCCGUGGGCAGGAACUGCAGCCAGGAGGAACGGAUCGAGUUUAAUGAACUCGAUAAGCGGGAGCACAUAAGAGAGAAGUUUGUCGCUGAUCUGCAGAGAGACUUUGCAGGGAAAGGCCUCACGUUCUCGAUAGGCGGCCAGAUCAGCUUUGACGUGUUCCCAGAUGGCUGGGACAAACGAUAUUGCUUGGGGAUUGUGGGCAACGACGGUUUCAAAAAGAUCUACUUUUUGGGAGAUAAAACCAUGCCCGGGGGGAACGACUUUGAAAUUUACACGGAUCCCAGAACCAUUGGCCACAGCGUGACAUCUCCUGAGCAGACGAGGCAGAUCUGCGAGAAACUGUUCUUUAACUAAAGCGAGGGAUUUGUUUGGGAGCGGGACACCCACGGCCAGUAUCAGUGCACCUCAAAGCCAGAGUGGGCUUAUGGCUUGCUGAAAAGAAUUCCAGAAGCUGGCUUUAUUCAGCUCCACUCGGGGCGGGUGACACAUUCUAUUUCCACAGGUCCACAGCCUUGUCUCUGCCUCUUCACACUGAGAACCUCUCUUCCUUCCCCUGCCGACACCGUAUUCAUCUUGUGUUGUGAUAUCACUGCGCCAUGUGCCCCUGCUCACAUCUCUGACCACUGGUGGCUGGGCAAACUGACAAGCUGGUGAGAUCACAACAUGGAAGGGAGCAAUCGUAAAACAGGGAGGAGAAGUCUACGCAGGGAUGCCAUUUUGGCGGCAACCCUGUGACACGCAUGGUGUCGGUUUACUGGAAGUUUCAGCACUGUGAAUCAGGCCGGGCUGUGUGCGUUCAUAGAAAAUGGAGUCUGCCUUCUGUUUGAAGUCUCAAGAGGGUCCACCUUCGGGUGCAGGGCCACAAAUGGAACAAUCUGGGCAAAACUAGGAAAACCCACAAGCCUGGUUUUGAGACAGGAUUGGCUCCAGAUCCU